AACUCCCAAAGAGUAAAGUGGCUUCGACGUCUCUCCCUGUCUCUCUCUCUCAUCCACCCCAAGCCAACACCAGUGAUUCCUUUGAUAUUACAAAACAAAAGGAGAGAGAGAGAGGGGGAGAGAAUUUUCAGAAAUCAAGAUCCCAAAAAAUCAACACCACCCUUUUCUCAAUGUCCUGAGGUGGAAACCGCAUCAAAAACUGGUUUCCCGAGUUGGAUUUGCCCUUUUUUUAAAAAAAUUAUUUGAGAGAGAGAGAGAGAGAGAUGGCUAUGGUAGAAGAGAAAUCAGUUCAUGACGGUAAGGUUUGGAGUCUGUGUCGCAUGCCCUUUUGGCAGAUGGGGAAUUCGUCUUCUUCUUCCUCCUCCUCGCAGCACCAUCUGCAACAGCAGCCGCAGCAGCACCAUAUCGAGGGAUCGAAUCCCCACCCGAGCUCGGUCUCUUCGGUGGCGAAAUCGUUGCUUCCGACGCGUCGGAGGCUGCGUCUUGAUCCCUCGAGCAAACUCUACUUCCCAUAUGAACCUGGUAAACAGGUUAGAAGUGCGAUCAGGAUUAAAAAUGUCAGCAGAUCUCAUGUUGCAUUCAAGUUCCAAACAACUGCACCUAAGAGUUGUUUCAUGCGUCCUCCUGGGGGCAUACUUUCUCCUGGUGAAAGUAUCAUAGCAACAGUGUUCAAGUUUGUGGAGCUUCCAGAGAACAACGAGAAACCAAUAGAUCAGAAGAGCAAGGUUAAGUUUAAGAUCAUGAGUUUGAAGGUGAAGGGAGUAAUGGAAUAUGUACCCGAGCUGUUUGACGAGCAAAAAGAUCAAGUAGCAGUUGAGCAAAUUCUGCGGGUUGUAUUCUUAGAUGCGGAACGCCCUAGCCCUGCAAUGGAAAAAUUGAAGCGCCAAUUGGCCGAGGCUGAGUCUGCACUUGAAGCACGUAAGAAACCUCCUGAAGACACUGGUCCACGGCCUGUUGGUGAAGGACUUGUCAUUGACGAAUGGAAAGAACGAAGGGAAAGAUACCUUGCUCGGCAACAAGUCGAAGGGGUUGUUGAUUCAGUGUAAAGUUCAGUUUGCUGUUAUUCUUAGCGUUUCUUUUGCUUGAAUGGAAUGAUAUUGUUAUGUGUUGUGGAGAAAGGAUGUAUCAAUGUCCACCCAUUUUGGCUUUGGGUUAUGUGCGGUUUGUUUAGAGGUCCGUCUAAGAUGAAAUAACAUAUUUUUAUGUCAUAAAAUGUGGCAUGAACCUUAUGUGUUUGAGGCACUUUGUUCUCGCUUU